UUAGAGUCAGCAAGAGAGACACAAGACCUAGUCUGAGAGCAAGACAUUCAAAUAUAAAAGCCUCACUUAACAUAACAUUUUUUUUUCUUUCUUUUCUGGAUGGUGACUCUACUAGCCACUAACAAAGAUAGUUGGAGACGAGCCUGAAGAAAAUCGACUUUUGAAGAGCCUCAAAAACUUGUAUGGAAUUAUAAGCCAUUUUCAUUAAUGAUUUUUCAUUUUGUGGGUUUCUUUCACUCUUUGACCAUGUGGCACAAGUAUCUGCUGAGUCUGGUUCUUCUGUUAGCACUGACAGAGAACAUCCUGAUGAAUACAGACUGCAGACCUGGACAGAUAAUGCGCAGAGGAAAGUGUGUAGAUGAGAAUGAGUGUGAGACUAAUCCAUCCAUUUGUGGAAGAAAUGCAACUUGCUUCAACACUGUUGGCAGCUACUACUGUCAAUGUCAUGAAGGAUUCAAACCUAAUAAUCAGUCACCUCAUAAUUUCACACAAGCAGAUUCGAUUGAAUGUAAAGACAUCAAUGAAUGUUUGGUCAACAGCACUGAUUGUGGUCCUAAUACAACAUGUAAUAAUACUGAAGGAGGUUAUAAUUGCACAUGUGCAACUGGCUACAUUUCCAGCACUGGAAAAGACAUAUUGAAUUCAGGACAAGGAGUUCAGUGUACUGACAGAGAUGAAUGCAGUGAUCCCAGUUUUUGUGGAAAACAUGCAUCAUGUCAUAACACUGCUGGAGGUUUCUUCUGCAUCUGUGAAGCUGGAUUCAGACUAAAGUCAGGAGGAACUAACUUCACUAAUACAAGUGAACUCUGUGAGAGUAGGACUAAUUCAAGUUUAGAUCUUAUGUCUGACGUAUUAUUAACUGCGAUAAAAGCAUCCCAGCCAUUUCCAGAGUUCACAAAUCUGGUCUCUUUGAUGACCAACAUCAGUCAGAUACUGAAUCAGAGUGAACCUGUCAGAAUGAAGGACUUUACAAAACAAGACAGAAAAAGUUUUUUGCAGGCAUUUCAGAAUGCUCUUGAUGAUCUGCUUCGUGGUGGCUUCAGUGCUGAUAGUGCUAAGGUCUCAGCGUUGUUUAGUAUUGUGGAAAGCAUGCUAAAACUGAUAGGACAUCAGCAGUCAGAAAGCCCGACCAGGAGAGAAAGCUCUACAACUGAUGUGGAGCUGUUAGUAAUGAGGGGCAAUUCUCCACCUGAGGGUGUUUUCGUGAUGAACACUAGUGGAGCACAGUUAACCUCCCACUGGGAAACAGCAACAGGAAAUACAUACCUCGGCUUCACGACUACAGCUCUGCUCAGCUACAAUGGUCUGGAGAAAUCACUCGAUGGCUUUUUUGACCAUUUAGAGACAAAGAAAAAUGAAACUUUCAAGAUCAAUUCAAAAGUAGUGACCGCCACUGUUAGCAACAAAGAGACAAACAAUCUAACGAAACGAGUAAAUUUCACAUUUUAUCACUUGGAGAUUUCCCCCAAGGAAAAGAAUGAGAAGCAAAGGCCUGUGUGUGUGUUUUGGGAUCCUGAGCUGGACGGGGGCGCGUGGUCAACGCGGGGCUGCACUACAGUGAGCUUCAGUCCCGAUCGGACCAACUGCUCCUGUAAUCACCUCAGCAGCUUUGCUGUACUUAUGGCUCUCUAUGAUAUUGGGGAUGUGUACGAGCUGCGUGUGAUCACACUGGUGGGACUGUCGCUGUCUCUGAUCUGCUUCCUCAUCUGCAUUGUCACGUUUUAUUUCGUGCGAUCCAUCCAGAGCACCCGCAACACCAUCCACCUGCACCUGUGCAUCAGCCUCUUCAUCGCCUACUUUGUGUUCCUCGUGGGCAUCUCCCGCACAGAGAAUGAGGUGGGCUGUUCAGUCGUUGCAGGUAUUCUGCACUACUUCUUCCUGGCUUCCUUCUGCUGGAUGUGUCUGGAAGGAGUGCAGCUCUUCCGCAUGGUGGUGCUGGUCUUCAACACAACGCUGAGACCCGUCUAUAUGUUUGCCGCUGGUUAUGGAGUUCCUGCUGUAAUCGUGGCCAUUUCAGCCUUAGUGAAUGCAAGUGGAUAUGGCACCAAAAAGCACUGUUGGCUCAACAUCGAAGAUGGCUUCAUCUGGAGCUUUUAUGGGCCAGUUUGUGUCAUAAUUAUUGUGAAUGUAUUAUUCUUCCUCAUAACAAUAUCGAAGCUGGCAGAAAAGUUUUCCUCCCUCAACCCAGACUUAGACAGUCUGCACAAAAUCAAGGCAUUUACGAUUACUGCAAUCGCUCAGCUGUGCAUCCUUGGCAUCAUGUGGGUGUUUGGCUGUUUUCAGUUUAAUGAAAACACUGUGGUAAUGUCAUAUAUCUUCACCAUACUAAGCAGCCUGCAGGGGGUGCUGAUGUUCAUCAUGCACUGCUGGCUCGCAAAACAAGUGAGAGAGGAGUAUGCCAAAUUCCUGUCCUGUAUCUGCACACCACACAAGAGGAAAUAUUCAGAGUUCACCUCAAACCAAUCAAGCAAACCGCAGGCCUCCAGGAGCGAUACUCACACCGGUGAAUCACACAUUUAAGAGGUUAUUUCCACAAGACCAUUCAAUUUUCCAUCUGUUUGCAAGUUGGAGUGUCACAUUAUUUCUCUAUCUGCUUACUGUGAAAAUAUUCAUACAUUGUAUUUGG